UUGUUAUUCUGUCUCUCACUGUUCAAAUAAAAAUGAUAGACUGAUCAUUUCUUUGUCAGUGGGCAAACGUACAGAAUCAGCAGGGGAUCAAAUAAUACUGUUUUCCCUCACUGUACGUGAUCCACAUACAGCAUUCUCAAUCUCUCCAUUUAUCGUCGCAAGAGACAUUUUUCACAGGCCAAUAUAAUUGCCACUUUGACAGGUUUUAAAAUGUGCCUAUUCUUUUUUGUAUUUGCAGUGAUGGCACAUAAUUGGCAUGAAAGGAUUGUGAAGGUGUACUAAAUCUCAUGCAGGGUGUACCGAUACCGACAUCAGCAUUCAGGUCGGCAGCCGAGCUCUGAGUCACCACCGUGCUCGUCACCUCGUUAGAGUGCAUCGGAGCAUCUGCAUUACAGGUGGUUCACCUCUUGCCUUGUGUUUGCACACGUGAUCAAGUGAGGAGUAGAUUGCUGGAUCUGAAGGAGACAAGUUUCCCCACCCUUCCUCAAAAUGGACUGUAGAAAGGAUACAUGAUUGAGAAGGCAAGUAAGUUGUUUUAAUCGGUCUAAAUCAGAAUCUUUAUUUAGACUGGAGGAAUGCAAUGAGCGAUGGAGCUCUCUUUUUACAGUUGUCCAGUAGGGACGGGUUGUCAAUAUGCCAUGGAUCAGCAAUAUGGACAUUGACAAAGAAAAUGAAAAUGUUGAAAAGCAUACAAAAGAGCUUGGAGAGAGGUGCAUGUUUGUAAAUCCCACUGAGAGAAACAACAAAAAAUGCUGGGAUUAGAGAGCACAUGCAAGUUCAAGAUAUCAUUUUGACUACAAGGUGGGGUUCGACAGGACACAUCGCGAGAAUAGAUGAUGAUCGAUGGGCGAACCUAAAAAUGGAAUGGCAUUCAAACGUAGGAACAUCUCUGAGAGCACGUUCGCUGUGGAGAUGGAGCUAUUCAAUCGGCUCGUGUGCAGGUUUCUAGAUGGAUUUGUUUCCAUCGCAAGGCCAUGAGAGAUGGUGGUGGCUUGGGGAGCCCUUCAUCUGGCAGUGAGUUUAUCGUGACUGAUCAUGAUUGUGAUAUGGAGCGUUUUAUUAGCAAAGCUACAGAAUUUUUAAAGGCAUGAUAAAUCUUGGCAUUUUUAAUGGUGAUAAUCCCAGAAUCUACAACAUGUUGAUUUACAUUUGGACAAGGUGUACAUAAUAAAAAUAAUAUGGCACUUGUUAUUUUAUUUGUAGUUUUUUAUUUAUAAUUUAAACGAAGUUUUUCGUAUCUGCCGGGUAACUUCUCAAUUUAAUUUAGCCAUCAGUAAGUAUAUCCACUUUGCGCUAUGUCAUUUCACAUGAGGCGUGCGAGGUGUGAGGCCCGGUGUGAUAUAUCGCGUAAAAUCCGAUCCCCGUGCCUCUCUCAAUUACCGCCAGCCAUGGUGGGCCUACAGAGUCCGAGGUGACGUGGCUCCCCGCCUGGGCCAUAGCAGGUCUCCCGGAGUUCGAGCAACGCAUGGGGAUCACGGCGGACACAAAUUCCUGAGACGGGCAGAAUAGCUGGGGCUUGGCCCGGUUGCCCCGACCUCCCCUGGGAUUACGGGUAUAACCCAGUAAGGCUGAGGCAGCUGCCAGGGCAUCCGAGCCCCAGUUGGCGUUUGUUUUACGCUACAACAGGGAUUCGGGAAGGGGAAGGAAAUGUAUCGGUCGGCCAUCAGCUGAGUGGGCCGUAUGAAAGGUAGCGAUAUGGGGAUUGUGUUUGAGAGUGUGGUUGCUAUAUUUAAUUUGAGCGGGUGCUCGUGUUUCGCCUUCGCUGCCAAGGGGGGCGUGACAUAGGUGCAGGCAUUGGAUAAAAGCGUUUGCGUCGCAACCUAGUGGUGGGACGGGCGCAUCGGCAGCCAGACGGGCAAGCAGGGAAUAAACUGUGCUCAAUUGUGAGCCUGUCUGCCACAGCUAACUGGUUUUCCUGACGUCAAAGACCUCUGGCAAAAACAGCAGAAGAGAAAAAAAAACCCCAGUGGGUUAAACAACGUAUUUUAUCAGGCACUGAAGUUUGUGUAAAUUGAGGACGGGGUCAAGUUGUUCCCUCUCAUCAGAGGCUGACACCACUUUACAAGAUGAGAAUCGACAUUGACAUCUUUGUGCAGGUCCUUCCGUAUUGUUUUAAAAAGGUAAGCUCCCCUGCUGUGUAUUUACAUUUUCGAAUGAACACAACAGUGCGGUGUUGUUAAGUCAUUACCUUGGUGUGAUUUGUUAUUUCACUUGGUUGAAACUGUGUUUUCCCCCCCCCCGCUCCAAAAUAUUUUCUGAAUUGGUAGAAAAUAUUGUUGUAGCCUGCACUACAAUCAAACGAACUGCAGAUGUCAUGUUUCCACUUUGGUGAAAAUAUUCAGCACAGUCUUCUUUAAUGUAUCUUUAAGUUGCCUUGCCUGUGAUGUUUGUGGGGGGGAUAAACUGUAAAGAAUGUAUCUAGAAAUAACAGUAAAGAAUGUAUCUACAAAUAUUUUAAUUUAGAUUUGUAAGAUUGUGAUUAUUUUCAUUUAUGUCGAAUGUGGAGCAAUGUCAAAGCAUGGAAGGGACGACUAAACAAAUAAUUCGUACCCCCCCCCCCCCCCCCGCUUUUCAUCUUGCCCCGGGGUUUUUUGUGAGAUCUUUAGGGACUGUUUGCCCAGCAACAUUUAGCUGUGUCGUGAGCACUGGAGCAUGAGUGGACAGAGCCACCAUGGCAUUUUUUUUUUCCCUCCGCCAAGCUUAUAUUAGUAACAGCAUCUGUUUUUGUUCGAUGAACCGCAAUCUAAUUUCCAGACUGUGGCGCCCCCCCCAGUGCUUAAUGGCAUUCAGAUCAGUGACCAUCUUUGGGAUCGUUUGAUUCUAAACGCACGCGGAAUUUAUUCCUGCGGUGUUGCCUUUUAGAGCCAUUGGCGGCUGAGCUUUGAGAAGGACAGCUUUCAGCGUGCGCGCCUUUCCAAUAUUCGCCAAUUUAUCUGCUCUUACGUGUAUAUGUGUGGGUCAUUUGUGCAGGAACAGUGUAGAUUAAAAUCAUGUUGAGUCGUAACUAGGCCGGCUCUUUGAAGCCAGACAAAAGCCAUUUUUUGAAUCUGUUUCCGCGAGCCAUUUACAAUGCACUUUCUUUUGGCUGAUGGUUCGCACAUAUUUCUUUUAGGUUGUUGUUGUGAACUGAUUUCAUAGUAGCGCAGCAACAAAAAAACUUCACUCGUGCACUUGAAUUUUUUUUUUACACAAUGCAACCACAAACGCUCGCACACCGCGCUCAUUACAGUGUGCACAUGUGGUACAUAGACAAAUCCUGAUUUAGUCAGAUGGACGUGAGGGCUUCUAUUUUGAGCGUUGUGUUCAUCACCAGGUCCCAAGGUUUAGUGGAUGCGUUUGCACAGCAGUCCCCCCAUACCCUUUACACGUGCUGCUGCCGUUUGUGAGCGCAACGCCAAAUACGAAACGUGAAGGGAUUUCUCGAUGACCUUUACAAAAUGUGUUUGCUUCAAAGUUUUUUAACUUAACCGAGGUGAACAUUUCACGUGGAGAUGUACGUGUGCAGUUGAAUGUGUUACGCCACAAUUAAAAGCAGAAUAAUAAUAACAGCAAAUUAGCGCGAAGUGCUUCGUGUUCAUAUCUAAAGAUUCACAUGUAUUCGCUUGAUGCAUUGUCAUUUUUAAAUGUCAAAGCUAAUGCCAUGGACUCUCGAAUACACUUAAUCUGCAAAUACAGCCAUUUCCAUUUUUACGCAGAGUGCAUAUGGUGCUUACGAACGUGAUGUGCGCAUGUGGCUUUCACACAGUGGCCUCCCUGGGCCAUUGCUAUGGGUGGAAUUAUGAAGGACAACCCAUGGUCAUUGCGUGCUCAUUUGUUUUCCAUUCACAUUGUCAAACUAUCAAAAUUUUGUAUAACUUUUGAAAUUAUGUCUUUGCCUAAUACACACUUGUAAGCGCCAGCUGUUGUUACUUAUUGUCAUUAUUGUAAUUCGACUUUUGAAAAUGCAAUCAUUUUCUCACUGGUGGAAAUUAUGCACAGUUGUUUUAAUGAGCAAAGUCUGUGUAAACAAAUGCAUGUUUAUUUAUUAUUUUAGUUCAGAGAAUUGAAGUAGCCCACAGAUUACUAAUACAAUCUGGCGUAUCAUUUUCGGUAUUUUAAAUUUGUAUUUUGAAACAAAUACAUCACGAAUACAUGUUGAGAAAUGUAACUUAUUUUGCAGUCGUCAACAAUAACAAUAUUGUACGUAUAUUUUGUCAAUCCACUGCUGGAUGAAAGCCUUCCCAUGCUGGGUCGGUUAUGGGGGUUGUUUUUAUCACGACUUCGCCAUGCUGGUACAGUGCAGCUUGUGAAAAAGGGGUUGGGAUGUGGGGUGCCAGGACCGGUUCACAUUUCACUCACCACUGAUGAUAAACCAUUUCUGGGAAUCAAACUCAGAUCUCCGUGUGCAUCAUUUAACAUGGAAAUGCAUUUAGUUCCUUUUUCAGAAAUGGAAUCGUUAAUGAAAACAAUUGUGACAAUUCUCUAGGAUCACCGUGUACGCUCUUGAAAUAUAGAUAUGUUCCAGGGACAAGUUUGAAGAUCACUGGAGCAGGGUCAAUAUGCUCCACGGCAGAGGCACUGUGAUUUCACAGCUUAAUUGAGUUGUGAGGUUUUAGCCAUUUGUGGAGUAAUCAUCUGCCACUCUUGCUUGGGGCACAUGAAAGUCGAGCAUUCGUUAAUGUGUUUAUAAUUGUAUGCACACAUUUCAAUUACAAUCAACGCUCAAAUGUGCGGGAUAACUGGGAGGGGUUGCCCGGAUAAUGCAAAUGUAUGUAAAUUAGGCGAAAACAUUUAUUGUUAACCUAGACCGAAUAUGAUUCAGAUAUCUAAUGUGUAGUUCAUCUGUUGCUUCUCAUAGAAAUUGGGCAGCAGGGCCUGCGCAGAGGUGACACUUUUGCCCCGCAGCAUCCCUAGGUUCGAUUCCGGACUCAGGUGCCAUUGUGUGGCGUUUGUAUGCUCCCCCGCUGUUCUGCAUGGAGUUUAUAGGGUCCUCAGGUUUCCUCUCGUAGCUAUCAGAAACUUCAUGUUAUUGAUAUUGGCCAAACAUCCCGAUGCUUAAAAUAAUAAUUACAAACGUACUAAUUUUGAAAUUGCACACCGCAUCAUAGCCCUAUACUGCGUAAACUUACCAGGACCCUCCUGAAAAAGAGUUGAGAUUCUGUGAGGCUUUUCUGGCUAAACAAGCAUAAAAAUAAAAUCAGUUUGCUCGCCAAGAAACCCAUUUGCAGUCACCUGUGCCUGAGUCGCUUACCAUCGACAAGUGAGGAGCAGCUGAUAAUUAAACCAGCACAUGCCCUUGGAAAAUGUGGGUGAGCACCGUCACUCCGCAACCUGAACAUUUGAGAGUGAACUGCAUGACAUUAUUUGGUGAUACUGCGUUGGCAUUGGUGCAAAAAGCACAAAUUUCCAAAAAGCUCGACAUGCUCGCAAAUAACACUGCCUUAAAAGGAAACGUGUAACAUAGGUGACGUUUCAGGACAAUGCUCCUUUCUUCAUAGCAUAUUUAUUAUAUAUUUUACAUUUUAAGGAAUUACAUUUUGAGCUCGCCUGUGGUAUGGACUAAAAGUCCACGCAGCUCGGAGGCGCGCAUGGGUGUGGGCUGUCCCUCCAGAGAGCAGUCACGAGUGUGCGUGCGCUCUUCACGGCCCCUGUUUUACUGGUAGGAACGAAGUUGUAAACUGAGUGUACCAGCCUGCAAUAGAUGAAUGUGUCCGUCUGUCCGUCCCCUUUCAAUACUUUACCGAAGUGAAAUCUCGUGCUGUUGGGUGUAAAAUCAGCAAUAGACAGUGCAGAGACUUGUCCUACCAGCCCACCCUGCAAGGACCUGUUAUGUUUCGCCAACAUUGUUGGGCAGCUAAGUUUUAGCUUUCAUAUGCUCCCCCAUUGGAAGUGUGAGUGUCUGGCUCGCGGAGUAACCCACAGGAUCAGCGUUGUUGCGCCUCAUUCCUUGAGACGGGAAUGCGGCAGAGGGGAACUUUGUAAAAUCGUGGAUUGCAAAGGAGAGUGGUGGCGGUGCAAUGGUAAGCGUGCACCGCACUAUGAAUCCAGUGAACCAAGUUCCAUUUUUUUUAAUUGAUCCUAGACGGUCCUGCCUCCUUCACCAGCCCACACUGAUAAGCAUGGUGAAGUAUCGUAAAACAACUCCAAUGACUGAAACGGUGGAAGAAGCCUUCAUCCAACAGUAGAUUGACGAAGGGGCUUAAUAUUCUUGAAUUAUAAAGAACAUUUAAAGGCACUUAUAGUAAGCCUGUAUUUGCAUUUUUCUGCCAGGCACAUAAAUUUGAAAAUUUCUUACCGCUGAAGUAACAAUUAAAAUAAUUGACUGAUUUAAUUUGGGGGUUUUCGUAGGACGUGCAAUAAAAGCAGCACAGAAUUGUAUUAGUGUCAUUCCAUACAGUCCACCCAGCAGGAAAUGGGUGCUAAUUUAUUGAUAAAUACUUUAUUAAAUGCUAUAUGAAGCAAAGCAGGGUUUUGUUGUGUAAUGAACUUUAUAGCUAACGAAUGCCUCCGGCUUUGCAGACCUCAUUUAUUUUUUCCUGCUUUAGCCAUUGUGACAUAAUUACGGUUAUUCACUUAAGAAACACCAAGCCGCGAGUCGUGAAUGUGGUAAUUAAGCCAGGGCGUCUGGGAAAUGAAAUGACAAACCCCUCCGUGUCUUCCCAGCCAAUCCUGCCGUGUGUAACUUCACUGUGAUCGCGUGAUCAAUGUCGCACCAUCACAUUGGCUGGGAGGACACCCGGGGUUUUAUAGUUUGUUUUUAAUUAUCCUGUGUCCUUGACUGUAAUUAACACAAUCAGUUAAAUUGCUGCAGUAUCCCCAAUUUAAAGUGCUUUAAUCGUUUGUGUACAUCCAAACUAUUGCAAUGUAAUGCAACCACUCGAGUCUGAAUCUCACACUUAACCAUUUUCAUUUAGGUUUUCCCUCCAGUAGAUUCUAACUUUUUAAAAUAAAAACAUAAUUGGUAAAGCCGUGGCAGUAUAUUGCUUCGCCUAUUCAAUAUGCAGAUAUGCCUGACUAGUCUGGUUUGGACACUGGCACAUUUCGAAUUGGCCAAAUAUGACGAGUCAAAUGUAUUUUUUACUGCAGAGUCCGCCGCCAGCUGUCUUCCUUUUAACCUCACUGUGGUGCUUUAUUUUUUUCAGCUCUGUUUUUCCUUUUAUAUUUUCACGAAUUCCACUUGGGUGUCCAGAAGGGUGACUGCAUCAUCCCGACGAGCUAUUCUUCCUAUUGCCCUCCAAAUCCCACUUUUUAAAAUUUUGGCUGGUUCAUUUUUUUUGUUUUGUGGGAAGAAAAAUGCAUUCCAUGAGCACGUCAACAUGAUCAUCCAGCAGAUGGCAGCACUUGCCGGGAUUCUGAACUCGCUCACCCCAAAGAGCAACGUCCGCCCCCCCCCCCCAAGGAAAAACAUGCCGUGAUCCCAAAGGAAUAACGUGCCGUGAUCCCGUGAAAGCGGGAUGCCUCGCAGACCCUUGUGACGUUAAAUAAGAGAGCAUCAGUCUGAUAUAUAUUUUUUAGGUCUUUAGAGACGGAAGUGGGCAGUGAUGCAGCAAAAAGCUCUUGUCGAGUGCCGUUUUUGUUCGAUGAACCGCAAUCUAAUUUCCAGACUGUGCCCCCCCCCCCCCCCCAGUGCUUAAUGGCAUUCAGAUCGUUUGAUUCUAAACGCACGCGGAAUUUAUUCUCGCGGUGUUGCCUUUUAGAGCCAUUGGCGGCUGAGCUUUGAGAAGGACAGCUUUCGGCGUGCGCGCCUUUCCAAUAUUCGCCCAUUUAUCUGCUCUUACGUGUAUAUGUGUGGGUCAUUUGUGCAGGAACAGUGUAGAUUAAAAUCAUGUUGAGUCGUGACUAAGCCUUUCCCAUCAGUGUGAACAGAAAUCGUUUGCGUUCCUCAUGCAUCAUUGCAGAGCGCACUCAUUUCGCUUGGCCCGGAGAUUGCUCAAUGCGGAUGUGGAGGUUUGUUCAGCUGUCCCUCUAUAUAUUUGGUUGCCAUAUCCAGCAGUUACUCGUAGUUACUGUCCAAUUACAUUGAUGGUGUCUGACCAAAACGCUCGGAAAUGGUACUUGAUGUCAUCAGUUCUCGGAAGUUGAGAAGCUUUAUCCAGGAUAAUGUUCGGGUAGGCGACCGCAUGCAUACAUGGCACACUGUAUAGGCCAGAGGCUGCAUGCAGGGUUGCAUGGUGGACGGUAGAAGGCAGUAUAGCAAAAGCCAAUUGUUGUACAGCACUUAUUUGAUUUGACAUCUAAGCUCACUGCCUGCACAAACCCCGCAUUUUAGUGAAGUAUGGACAGAUAACCUCCACAUCCACCUCAAGGUGUAUGGGGAGGCCAUCACCCAGCUGUGGAAUGACACAAACCAUGAGCACGGUUGGCUACGUACGGUGCGAAAGAAGUUCAGCAUGCACGCGUGCGUACAACCGAUGGCCUGCAAAAAACAUUUUAAAAUAAACAAACUGAAUACUUAACAUUAACACGCAUAAUUAUUUAUUUACAGUAAGUAUAUUUAAUAACGGUUUAUCAUUUUAACGUAAGAUUUGUUGAUGCGGUGUUUUUCUGCACAGAGAUGUGAAAUGCUGUGCUCUUUGCAGGGAUGCCCAGGCCCUUCGGGGCAAGUGUUUUAAUUACAGAAUUAGCAUUCGUAGGGUACGUUGAAGUACGGCAAAUUAUAUCCGUGACUGGCAAAACGCAACGGCCUUUUGAUUGCGAAUGUUGGCCCUGGAGUUUUUAACAUCCACUUUAUCGCACAGCAGGCUCUGGGCGAUGCCUUGCAGCAUGACUGUACGGCUGCAAAAAUGUAAACCCGUCAUUUCCGUGCAUAACUUCACGCCGGCGAGAACGCUGACCGCUACGUUUUCCACGCGCAAUGUCAUCACGACGUGCGGGUCCGUGCUGUUGACAUGAGCCUCUGUGGCACAUUGCCAGCAAUGUCAAUCACCUUUCACAAUAUUCACUCAACUGUGGGUGGUUCUUUACUGCAAUAUUCAUGCGUACGUUCAAAUUGUGGCCAUCGGUCGCAUAAUGUGUCAUUAACGCUUAUCGUGCAUCGCUUCCGCGGCUGGCUGCUACGGGGGCUGAGAUGAGCCGUGUUGACACGGGCAAGCAUUUUACAUGCACUCACUGUAUGUGCACACAUGCAUCACUUCUGUCAGUCUACUCCUGGAUGAGGGCCUCCCCAAUUUAUGCAAGUCCUAGGGGGACGUUUGACCAUACUUCACCGCGCUGGGCAGUGCGGGCUGGUGAGGGUGGGCGGGCCGGGCGGCAGGACCGGUUCAUAUAUCACUCGCCACUGAUGCUGGAGCAUAGAUGUACAGUACAACAAUUGAUUUUGCUACGCUGCCUUCUCAUGCCCACAACGGAGCCCGACAGCAGCCUAUAACACCCGUUUUAUGCAUGGUAAUCGCCCAACCAAGCACUAUCCAGGCGCAGCCCUAAGUAUAUUUCGAGAUCUGACAAGGUCUCAUGCAUUCCAGAUGAUUUAGUCAUAGGCUAAAACGCGUGUUGUAUAAUGCGCAGUAAACGUGCCACAUUGGCAUAAUAAAUGUUCAGAUAACUUUAUUUUGAAUUGCGGUGCUCGUUUUGUCACAUCCAAUCAACAGAAUCUAUGUUGUUGUUGUGGCGGUCUGGCCUUGGACCUGUGCGGCAUACGUUUGUAUAUUCACACCCUGCCUCGCCGUGGCUUUUUGCCAUGCUCUGGCUUUAAGUGGUGCCUGUAAAACAAGGGAACCCCCCUCCUGUCCCUAUUAAACCAGCCCUUGUUUAUAACCACACACUGCGACCUCCUAUAUGUAGCUACCAGGUGGGCCAAGAGAGAUCGGGUGGCCAGUAGGCGGCAUUGCGUCAGGUAGAUUGCUGGCCUAUCUGUUUGGCAUGUGAUAAUUUUCCCCUCCCCUUGCUGUUUGAUGAUAGCUUUGUAGCUCGUCUGAUUUCUCCAGGAAAAAUACAGACUGAUUAAUUGUCUCAUCUUGACGUUGAGAUUUAAUGAAAUGAUUCACAUUUUUUUGUGUCCGCUUUUUUUGGUGACUUUUGCAUAUGAAUGUAAAAUAAUCGACUCUUACACAAAUUAUGAAUUGCAUGUAUUAUGGCUAGACUAAGUUGUAAUUUGACUUGAUGCAUUGAUACAUGCCUGCUAUCCAAAUUCUCUUUAGUAUUAUCCAAUAAUAUGCAUAUGUUCUCUGUGUGCACUCAUGAAAUAUUUGACCAAACAUUCCAAGAGUCGGCAGACUCGUGGAAAACCUUUUCUGGAUAAACAAAUAUGACUUAUCAUUAUUAUUCAUAAUACUUUUACAACAUGAAUCAUCCAAUGUGGGGCUUUUACAUAGAGCUGCGCAUCAAUUCAAUGAGUGUAAUUGGCCAUUAUUAUUACUAUGCUACCUUCCACGUGUUCCCCAACAUGGUUGACUAAAAUCAGCGGCUUGUGCUCAGGCUUGGUGUAACUUGACAGCUUGUGUAUGGCGGGGGGAGGGGUUUUGGAAAUUAGUUUUUUUUUGUUGGAAAGUAAAAACAAAAUAUAUACAGUCCUGUUAAAAGUUAUAUUCUUUUAUUGUUGCCGGGAGUGUUGUCGUGUAUCCGUCUUGACAUAUCUUGUGAUGGUUUAGCAGUAGCUGUGAUUUUACAGCGUGCAUAUAAUCACACUGUGUUUUAUGACCAGUCCGAUUCCAUUUUGCUUUGCAGGCGUGCUGCUUGUGAAUCAACUGCAGAGGCCACUCAAUAAUCCUUCUUACGUACUACAGGGUAUUGACUUUAUGUCCAGAGUUCGGUCUGCUGAAAAAGUAUAAUGCCUUCCUUUAGAUGCUUUGUAACGCUUUAAGUGUUUAAUUUCCAUGCCGGUUUUGUUUUCUCAAAGCGCGUGCUGAGAUAGCAACUAAAACAGGUCAUUCAGCAAUGUGCACGUUUUUUUCUUCAAGUUUUAAGUUUUCUCCGUAAUCUGCAAUGUGCAAACGGUGCCCUUACACUUCAUGCUUGGAUGGGAAAUCUGUUUAACGAUGGAGAAGCCUUCAUUCAGCAGUAGAAUGAGAAUGGCCAAUGAUAUCGAUCAUGAUAAUAUUUCUUUGAGUUUUGAGUGUUCUACAAGAAGGUGAAUGGUCCUUUGGGAAUCGAUGCACGUUUAGAAUAUUGAUUGAAAGCAUCGCACUCAAAUAGGUACUCUAAGCAGUGCUCUCUCUCUGUUUAUAAAGACAGUCCUUGGUCAAUAUCGCAAACAAAAACAGCCAUUAGGAAGAAUUAGAUAGUUGUUUGCAUUAAGAACGGCGGAAAAUAAAUGUACCUCCAUAAUGUGUUUUAGCACAUGAUUGAUUUUUACUGUUGCAGAUUGAAAUGCAAUUUGGAUGAUGGUUAAUGACAUUGCACAGUUGUUGCAUUGCUGGAAACACAUGUGUUUUUUUAGGCUGGAGAAUAUGCACUGACUAUUGAGUGGCAGUGAUGGCAUUUGCAGAGCUUUCAAAGUAUUUGCAUGUAACAAAUUGCUUCUAAGAUUAUAUUCUACUUAAAUGACCAUUUAUACUUCUGAAGCAUGUUUUCAUAGUCUCUCAAUUCGUAAACUUUCCUGGUCCCUACAUAUAUUGUUAUGUUCCUGAACUAACUUACACAGUUCUAAAAUACUAUUUAGAAAUAUAUUGAAUGGACAAAAUUAUUUGCUCAUUGAAUAUUGUUCACUGAGCUGUGUAAUUGCGUGUAACAGCCAUAAACCACAUUUGCAGUGACAUGUCAGCCCAACGCCAAGACCACAUUGUAAAUAGUAUGUUGCAUCUAAGCUUGGCACCAUCGCUAAAGUGCUUAAAUAAAUAGGUAAAUCAACUAUGAAAGCUCACGCAUAUCAGGUGCUGAAUAAUAUAUUGAUGGGGGGCGCUCCCCCUUUUCAGUGUUCUGACGUGGCACAGAUAUCUGAUUGUGCAGUAAUGUUUUGCCCCUCAAACACACCUGUCUGCUCAAAAGAAAUCUAUCGCCACAUUGCAAUUGCAGGUCGGAGUCAUCAUUAUUACCCGCCGUGUGAGCCGGAAUAUUUCAAAAAUUUCUUGACUCGUGAAAUCUGGUUAACCAAGACUUUGUGGUGUUUAUUCAGUGUCCAACCACGGUUGUGACGGCAAUCUAUUCCCUGUGGCUUGUGUAUUGGAUGUUGUGGUGUUGUAGGUGUUCCAUUGCUUACAUUUUAAAUCCGAUAUUAUAAAUACCACGAGCUUUACUAAAAGACGAGUCCUUUCCGCAAUGGAUGACAUUUUUCAAAUUGAAAUUAAAAUACCAUUGUGUCUCCUGCCAGUGCUCGUUUGAAAGAAAUUCCCACUAUCUCGAACACUGCAGGCGAGCACAAGAAUAGUUGAAGACAGCUGUUACAACACAAUUUAACAUUUCAACCCGUUGUGUCGGUACACAAUUGUAUUGCAAAUGGAAGUACAUUUGUGUUCAAUAAAUCAAAAAGGAUUUUAAUGAUGACGUCGCGUACGCAUUACGACACUGCGAUCGUUUUUCCAUAAUGCUUUGGGACCCAUUGUGCUUGCCAAUGUGGUUGUUGUGGCUGUGGGGAUGCAGUGUUACUUUUCAUAUGAACGUUACAUAGUAGGUAGAGAUUUACUUUUUCAACAGCAGGAUUAAUGGGAAGUGAAGGCCACGCAUCUGCCAUAAUGGCUGCUGUGUAGACAGAUUGGGGCUGCUUUGUGUUUGGGGAUGAUGGCCUUAAGAUGGUUUGAAUCCAAACCGAUACGGUCUGUAAUAUUUUGCCAGGCGGAGACAGCAGGGUGCAAGAUUAAGGAUUUUAUUGCCUGUGCCGUAACACAUGUGCUGAACGUGUUGGGCCAACGCGACUGAAAAAGCGCUUAUAUUUUUUUUCACCGAUUUGUUUUUGAAGCAUGAAACAGGGUCCACAGGUGACAGAACCUUAAAAAGUCAUGAAUUACCUUAGCAGCAAAGAUUGCUACUCUGCACAUAGCUUGACACUUGAGGUGCCUCAGUGCGUCACUGUUGAUGUUUUUUCAUAUAGCGCGGGUGAAGGAGGUUACCUUUCCUGGUGGGUGAGGCUCAUUUCUGAGAAAGGGAGUGCAGUCUAGGCCAUAUGCUUAUCGCUUAAGUGUUACAUAAAGAUAAUACAGCUUUCAAUGGUGUAGUUAUACUUGCACUUUUGGGUAUUAUUUCCAUCCGUAAUUAUUUUUUCUAAAAAGUUAUCGAGAGCAUUUAUAAAGUGAUUACUCCACUGGAUGUCAUUUGGCAAAGUUUGACAUAUUCAAACGUAAUUUGGUAGAUGGCAUGGUGCACUCUUCUCUCAUGCUGUGCACAUUGAAAUGUUAAGUUACGGUGAGAUAUAUAAUGAAUGAUGCACAGCAGCCCAAUGGCUUCCUCUUUCUUGGGCCAGAAAGUCUGAAGUAAAAUUUCAAUUGUUGGGGCUGCCAGACCAUGCAAGUGCAGCAAUCAAACGCCUUGUUGCCAUAUUCAUAUCUCUGAGCUAAAGUCACUGGACACUGACUUAAGCCCGAUGAAUGCAGCUCACUUUGGUUUUUCAUUUAUUUGGUUGACUGCGCCGUUCCUAAAAACCGUAGGGUUUGCUAAAGCUUCGCCGAUCUUUUAUUUUCCACAACCGUGAAUAUUGUUGCUGCUGAAUCCGUGCUUUGGGCUGCGGGUGCUUUCCACGAAACAUGUAAAUGCAACUUCAGUCCCACGACAAAAGUCAUGCGUCUUCCCAUAAACGGAAUAAAUGGAGGUUGUUACUCGAUGUCAGCUAUUCUCCUGUGCCAUUGUUAAAUGCAAAUGAGACGUUUAAUGGUUGCGCCGUUCCUUGAGGGCUUUAAGGACGACGGCCGUUAAGUGGGCAGAGCCUCCUGUGAGACUGGGCUUCAGGGUCCCCACUCGCGGGCCUGUUGCUGCUGCUGGAGGUUUAUUGUCCAAACGCCGGCGGUGGUGGUGGUGUUGGUGGCGGUGGGCCGAGUGCCCUGGCGGCCCCGCGCUGUGGGUGGCCGUGGCCCCCGCUUUUAUCACGCUGCCACAGAUGCACAAUCGGCGGUAGCGCCGUGUCCUUGAAAACCCACCAGUGAUUCCAAUUUCUGUGCGCCCGUGCAGUCUGAUAUGCGUUGUCUUGUAUUUUUUGGUUGUUUUUGUGUUGUAGAUAACUACAUUUAGUGGAAUAGAAAAUGAAUGUGUCUUUUGUCUCAAUGGUGCUGAACGUUUGGCGUUGGUGGUGUGUGUGUUCACGAGUGUCUUCAUGUGAUGUAAAGGGCAGUGGUGAUUUAGUGUUGGCUUACUGAUAAAGUUCGAGUGACCCGGGUUAGAUUCCUCACUGUCACUGGUGUAAUUGGUGUCGGAAGCUAGUUUGGGUCUCUUCUAUAGUGACUUGGCCCAUGAUUGUGAUGAGUAGUUUAUGGGCAGCAACAACUUGUGUCAUAAGCUUGAUAAUUAUGAGAGCGUAUAAUUCCAUAGGAGUAAAACGGUGGUGGACUGCUUUGGGCACUGCGCUCUAAAGCUGGCUGCCUGGGUCUGGUUCCUGACCUCGGCUAACAUCAGUGGCAAGUCCACAGCUGAACUAUUCCUGGGACCACCUUUCACCUACCCACAGUGACCAGCAUGAUGAAGUAUUAUUGAAAAACCCCAGUGACAAACAUGGCAUUGGAGAGGCUUUUAUCCAGACCAGUGAAUUGACAAAGAGCUCUAAGAAAUACAUAUUUCACGAUCUUAACAACACAUUCUGACUGCCUAUCUUUUAGAACUACCAAUGAUUACUAAACAGCUUCGGCAACCGUAGAUUAGAAAUGAAGUGGAGUGCAAUUUGAAGGAUACUGAUCUCGUAGUGUAAAGGCUGUAGUCUAAUUAAAAUUUAGCAGCAGGUUAUAAUAGCUUUUGUGCAGUACCCUGUUAUGCAUGUUGCUAAAGUUUGCAUGACCAUGGUUGUGCAUCAUCUUAAAUAGCUUUCACAAGUAUAAAACUGUUAACCACUUAUGUGACUUGGAUGCCUGCAUGCCAAGCAGCAAACUGCAUUGAAAUUAUGAUUUUACUUCAUAUAUCAUCUUCUCAUGUGGAAUAAGAUGAACAGAUGUUGCAGGCAAAUCAAUUUUUUUGCUGUAAUUUUCUGGAUGAUAAUGGAAGUUUUACAAAGAAAUGGCCAUUUAGGAUCUGUUUUGUCAACCAUAAGCUCAUUAAUGCAAUGUUUAAAAAUACAUUUUGGGUUUUGUUACUCAUCUUUGUUUUCUUUCACGCUUAUUUGUAUAAAAAAAUAUAUUUGUUGAAUUACGAAUACUGCAUGCCAUUUCAGAUGAACAUCCCAGCAUGAGACAUGGCACCUUCUCAAUCUGUCUACCCCCACAUUGCUCACAUCCCUUCCUUCCCAUUGUUUAUCUGAUUAUAUGCCUGUGAUUGGCACGCUAAAUUCAGGAAGCAUACUGAGCUCCAUCAGUCGUAAACUCAUGCGGCGUAGAAAAAGAGGCAAAAAAAAAGUUGGGCACAAAUUGAGGGCACCAUGGCAACAAGGCAGGGUGAUCGUUUCUGUUUGCGAGCGGAAGGCGAGCUGUGCGGGCUGCUGUGGGCCGACUGAGCUCAAGCACGCGUGUAGGCGUGCGUGCGUGCGUGUCUGUGUGCGUAAGAGACUGGGAGCUGAGAGGCUGAGAGGCUUUGAGAGGGAGGGGUCGGAUGAGCUGCUCCAGAUGAACAAUUAGGCGUAAGAGGCCAGGAUUUCAUGCGAGGGCGCGACGCUCCGCUCUCCACUCUCGCGGGGCGCGCUCGGACCGCUGCGUUCGCGCCCAUGUGUUUGUGCGCGUGUGCGCACGCGUGCCCGCACAUCCAGCGAGACGGGCGGGAGGGAUCGCACGCACGCUACGACUCGGCUGUCAGUGAUGGGCUCUGACGUACGGUCGGCACAGGUUGACGAAAUGAACCCGGCAUCUGAGCUGCCACGGACAGGCAGGGCAGCGUCCGCAAUGAAAUAAUGGCGACUGGUUCAAGUGGUGCCCUUCAAACAGCCUGAACCAUGGAGUUACUGAUGGCGAUUUUGAGAAUCAGACCUUUGAUGAAGCGCAAGUCAGAGCACGGCCCUGACAUGCGAGCCCUCUCCCCAGGCAAGAAGCCCUGCAAAGGGUCGGAACAUCCCAGUCACGCGCUGGGCUCGCUGCUGCCGUGCACGAGCGUGCCGACGACGUUCGGGGAGCUGCGUGCAGCGAGCGGACAGGGCCAGGGCUCCUCCCGCCGCCGUCUCGCGGGCGUCACUCCUCCCGCGGAGCUGCAGGACUGGCUCAGGACCUUCCAGAGCUGGAGUGGUCCAGAGCGGCUGCUGGCGCUGGAUGAGCUCAUAGAUCGAUGUGAGCCGCCGCAGAUCAAGCACGUCAUGCAGGUCAUCGAGCCACAGUUCCAGAGAGACUUCAUCUCCCUCUUGCCCAAGGAGCUCGCGCUGUACGUGCUGUCGUUCCUGGAGCCACGGGACCUCCUUCGAGCGGCACAGACCUGUCGUUACUGGCGCAUCCUGGCCGAGGACAACCUGCUGUGGCGGGAGAAGUGCCGGGAGGAAGGUCUCGACGAACCCCUCUACGUGAAGCGCAAGAAAUCGGCCACGCCCAACUUCACAUACAGUCCCUGGAAGAGCGCCUACAUGCGGCAGCACAGGAUAGACAUGAACUGGCGCUGCGGAGAGAUCAGAGCUCCCAAGGUAUUGAAGGGGCACGAUGACCACGUGAUUACCUGCCUGCAGUUCUGCGGAAACCGGAUCGUCAGCGGGUCGGACGAUAACACACUCAAAGUGUGGUCGGCCGUCACGGGCAAGUGCCUGCGGACGCUGGUGGGGCACACGGGCGGCGUGUGGUCAUCGCAGAUGCGUGGCAACAUCAUCGUCAGUGGCUCCACAGACCGGACGCUCAAAGUCUGGAAUGCAGACACGGGGCAGUGCGUGCACACGCUGUACGGACACACGUCUACUGUGCGCUGCAUGCAUCUGCAUGGAAACAGGGUCGUGAGCGGCUCCCGCGAUGCCACCCUACGCGUGUGGGACAUCGAGACGGGCCAGUGCCUGCACGUGCUCGCGGGCCACGUGGCGGCCGUGCGCUGUGUGCAGUACGACGGCCGGCGCGUCGUCAGCGGCGCCUACGACUACACGGUGAAGGUGUGGGACCCCGAGAGCGAGACGUGCCUGCACACGCUGCAGGGUCACACGAACAGAGUCUACUCGCUGCAGUUUGACGGUGUGCACAUCGUGAGCGGGUCGCUGGACACGUCGAUACGCGUGUGGGACGCCGAGACGGGCACCUGCUUACACACGCUCGUGGGCCACCAGUCGCUCACCAGCGGCAUGGAGCUCCGGGACAACAUCCUCGUGUCGGGAAACGCAGACUCCACCGUCAAGAUUUGGGACAUCAAGACCGGCCAGUGCCUACAGACUUUGCAAGGGCCGAACAAGCACCAGAGUGCGGUGACCUGCCUUCAGUUCAGUCGCAAGCUGGUGGUCACGAGCUCGGACGACGGCACCGUGAAGCUGUGGGACUUGCGCACGGGCGACUUCCUUCGCAACCUCGUUUCGUUGGACAGCGGCGGCAGCGGCGGGGUGGUGUGGCGCGUGCGCUGCUCCAACACCAAGCUGGUGUGUGCCGUGGGCAGCCGCAAUGGCACCGAGGAGACCAAGCUGCUUGUCCUGGACUUUGACGUGGACAGCAAGUGAAUGACCCUCCCCACCGCGGCCAGUGGGCUCUGCGAAGGUGCGGUGGCAUUCGUGACAAGUGCUCGGCCACGCCGAGUGUGUGGCGCGCGUUCGCUGUGCGCCUGUGGUUGUGGGUGGCACUGGGGGUGGGGGAGGGGGGGGUGGUGGUGGUGGGCAGUGAGGCUGAAGGGCACGAAAGUAGUAGACCCCGUGGGUCUCUUUGAAAUGGGCUUGUUGCUCACGUGCCAACGUUGGAAGGGAUCACGCACACAAAAAAAAGCCUAAAUGUAUAAAAUACAGGACACAAAUGGAACACCUGAGUGCCAACAACAAGCAGGAAGAUUUGACGACUGAAAUCUUCAGCUGAACUUCCACCCCACCCACCAACCAUCCUCAAGUUGCCUGUGGUAUAUUACUGACUUGAAAGUACACUGACUUGGAGAACUCUAUUUAAAAAAUAAAACAAAUUUCAAGCGAUUAAAAAUCUCACACUUUUAAGGCUCUUUGUCAGGCCCUUGCCGUGCCACCCUGUCUACCCCAGCGCAUGUGACUGGAGUGGGGUAAGACCCAAAGCACUUCUUGCAUCGGACUGCUCAAGGUUGACACCAAAUGGAAGACGGCGCAGCAGUGGUCUGUGGCGUUCACUCUUCCAUAGCAGCAGCCAAGGACCUUCCUUUGCGGCAGCGGUUGUGGGAGUUUUGGUAGCCGAAGAAGAUCGUUUUCUUUGCUGGCCUUAAAGCGACUGAACCUAAUGAGAGCAGGGACCUAGCUAGCUUGGUGCAGUGAAGCGCGAAGGGAGGGACAUGGGAACCCACUUUGGCAUAAGUCUUUGUGGUGGAUCAUUAAAAUUAGGAAUGUGAAUGUAAGCAGCAGAAUAAGCGUCCCUAACACUUUGUUCUAAUGGAUUACACUACAGCCUGUGAAAGGUAUCUUUUUUUCUUAAUCGUUAUCAAUUUACUUGUUUAUUUGUUUUUGUGAUACGACUAAAACUGCUCUGUUGGUAACCGUUCGAGCUGGGAUGCAUAGAAGGGAUAAAGUUAAGUCUUUGAUUAAAGUUUGCUGCGGUGGCCAUCAGCUAUGUGGGAUGACAUCGCGAGGUGUGCGCGUCCCCCCAACCCCCCCCCGUGUGUUCCUUGGGUUCCAGAAGAAAACCUCGGUUGCCAUAUCACGGCAGCGAGAUCGAGUACUAUUGAACAAUUUCGGCUCGAAACCAACGAAAAUAAAGCGCUUAUCACUUGGUGGGCAGCUUCCAGUGCUCACAGAGUAACAUAGAGCCUCUGGGAGUUGUACCCACGAAAAGGCCCGCCUGCUGAUGUCGCACGACGGGGCGGACACCUUUUUGCAGAGGGUACAGAAAGGCGCAGAGCUCACCUUUUGCAGGGGAGAAGGCGCCGAGCGGAAAUGAUUACCGGACGCCGUGCUGAAACGCAGCAGAUUAAUUGUCUUAACAAACUAUGGAAAUAAGUUUGCUUUUGCCAACAUUGCAAACUUCAGCUCGGGGGCUCUGCACGCCAAACCGCUACUGUGGUGUCGCCAAAAAUGAAGCGUUCUCUUACAUUUUUCCGUCAUCGUUAGGUUUUUUGUUAAAUACUUACAACUCGAUGACCCUACGUACAUUUCCAUUCUGUUUGGGAUACACUUUCAAUUGUUGUUAAAGGCCAGGUUUGAAAGCGAAGGUGCGUUGUGAAUGCGGCAUGCGAUGUCCCAGCCUGUUUACUCUCUCUACACAGCCUACGCUGUGCCUCGUCAUUAUGACUGUAACAUCAACCCACGUUGGGACUAAUGUGAAAGCUGUGCUAACCACUUCAAUUAUAUUCGUUUUCCUGUGUUAGCGUUCUAAAGCUUUUGUUGUUUUGUUUUCUCAGUUAAAAGGGUGCUGUUUGGAUUUCAUGUUCGUCUCACGUUUGUACAUGGGCAGUUAGUACAGGGUUCAGUAGCCUUGCGUGUGCUACACGUUGCGUAUACACAGUUCGUGCACUCUUACAGAAAUGGCCCGGCUUCUCUGGUCACUCGCUUCACCGUUCGCCGUCAUUGUUGCGGGCGACGAGCCUCGCGUGGCCCUCGGCCGUCACGCACCGGCCCCCAGCACCCGUGCUGGGCAUGCCCACACGUAUGACUUGUCUUUUUAUGGCCGCACGCAUGUAAGUGGGCCCCCCCCCCCCUGGGACGUAAAAGUAGAUGCUGCACUGAAAACCGCACCGCACCUCUUCUUUGUCUUGUGUUUGUUGUUGCACACACUCUCCUGCACAAACACACACACACACACAUUCAUAACCCCAAGCCCUUAGUGUAGAAAAACUAUUUUUCUGCAAACACACUGAAAUUAAAUACAUACUGGAAUGCUGUAAGGAAAGGCACAGCACGGGAUAUAUUGUUUUAAUCAAGCUGAAGUGUGUACUGCGGGGCUGAUAGCGCCAGAGUAAUUGAGCCAAUUUAAACUGAAAAAUUAUCAAUUUUAAGGCGACGUGACAAAUGCAUUGAUGUUUAAAUAUGAACGGGCGCCACAUUCUUUGAAAUUGGCAGGUCACUGCCCAAAAACCGAUAGCCGGUGUACACAAUCGAGUGCAGCUGUGCGUUUCCCCAGCAAGUCAGUGGGCGGACCAGGGUGCAUUUAGAGUGAACUCUAAUUGUGGCCGGUGAUUAAUGAGCUCCGAUGAGACGCAUUACGGAAUCCAGAGCUUCAACCGAGCAGCUCUAAGUGCUCUCCGUGACAAGCUUUAGGUGAACUGAGGCCUUCUGAAUGUGCUGUUUUAAAACCAUGUUUAGCGUUGUGUGUGCGUGCGUGCGUUGGUCCGGUUACUGUUAUUGUUUUUUGCCGAAGCAGGAUUUUCCUUCCAUUUUUGAUUGUGGGAUUCUGUGAGGGUUUUUGGGGGAUUGGCUUUUGUCAUUCGUGGCCCGUCCAUGUGUAAAUAAUUCCACGUAGAAACUGUGAACUUGAAUUGGCCUCUAAGCAGGGGGGGCAGCUGUACAGUGAUGCCAUCUGCUCUGUAUAGCCUGUUCAUGGCGAUGUGUACAUAGGGCGGUUCUGAUCCGCACUUAGUGGCAAAAAAAAGAUGUAGUUCAAAAGAUCAGGGAGUUUUUUUUGUGUUUUAUUUUUUUCACUAACCGUCAGUAUUGAAUUCAGUCUUUUUUUGUAUCACCAUGUUCCUUCACGUGCGUGUUUGUUGCUGCUGCUUAUGAAUGUCACGUUGUAAAGAAAGAGAAAAAGGAAAAAAAAAACCUUAAUUUCAUUGGUCAAUGUGCAUCUUAAAUGAGAGUUGAGGGGACGGCAGAGAUGUGGUGCCGGAUGAGACGACCAGUCUGUGAGUCGGGAGAGAUUUUCCACCGGGCCCCCCUCUAUUCUCGACCAGAGCCGUCGCUUGUCGUGCACCCGUCCCUCCGUGUGGCAGUCUUUGUUGAGCCAGCAGACGGAGACGCUGGUCCCUUGCUGGUGUCUGCCGAGGGUCGUGAGAGUGAGGGGUGGCUGGCCUUUUCGUCCAACCCUGGCAGUGUGCACGCGAGGUCGGGGUGAGGUCAGGAGGCGUUUGCCGUCACUUGGCUGGGUAUGUGCCAUCUGAACAAAAUGUGUAACGUAGGCAAGACGAAUCACAUUAAGUGGAAGCAAAAAAAAGUAUAAAAAAUACAAAAAAGGAAAAACAAAUAAAAAUUAAUUACAAAUAUGUAACAUAUGAAAAAGGGAUUGAGUUACUGGUUUGUUUUACUUAGAAAUUUUUAUUUUCAUAUGAAAGUGCAAUAAAGUGUACCUCAAUGGAAGGA